AGACAGUCUGACAGUACAUGCCCCCCCAAGUUUUUUUUUUUACAACUGUUUUGAUUAGGUGUGCAUGAAAAACGUGUCUUGCAUUCAUCAAUAAAUUCAACAGAACAGUUGGAAGUCUGUAUACAUAAUUUAAUAUUGUCUCUCCUUUUUACUCAUUAUAAAUAAAUUGUUCAUAUUUAGUUGAGGUUUCUGAUGCGUAAGAGACCACACAGUGCAACCUAUAGGGUAUUGAUAAAAUGUUUCAGAAAAAAAUGAAUAAAUACUUUUCACAUUCAACACAUGGUUUUGUUUAGCCACCGAUAAGGUCUUGGGUAUAUUUUGUAAGAGAUUUUGAGAAAGAAAAGCCUCAAUUAAUUAAUAAUGUCCUUUUAGCGCACGUUGAUAUGGAUGAUGCCAUGUUUGCUGAUGUUUAACACCCAUAAAUUUUUAGGUCACGGUCUACUAAAAAUAUAACCUUAUGAAUGAAUAUUUUUUUCUGCAAAGGUUACUUUUUUAAAGAAAUGAGAUUUAACCACAUGCUAGUGAGUAUGUUUUGCCUUCAUUCAUUAGUGUUUUAUUUACUUCAAGGAUGGGGCAAAACAUCUAAGUGAUUUUUACAUGAUUGUUGUUAAGAACAUUAAAUGGAACUUUUUCAUCUUUUUCUUUUUAUAGAUUAGUGUGUGGUAGAAUAUUCGAGCAGUUACAAUGUCGAGACAAACACGCAGUAAACACUCAGAGCAUGAUGAUCUUGCGGUUCUUGUUGUUAACGACCCUCAAACUGGGUUUGUUAUUAGACCAUCACCGGGAAAAGGUUUAGGUACAUUCGCAACAGAAAAUAUUCCAGCUGGGAAACCCUUGUAUAUUUACGGUGGAGACAUCAUUUCUAAACAAGAGGGAGAAAGAAGGGAGAAAAGCAGUGAAAGCGUUUUCCGGUAUUUCUUCAUGUUCAAAGGAAAGCAAUUAUGUUCAGAUGCCACAACACCAUCCAAAUUCAUAUUGGGUCGCAUGACAAAUCAUGGUGUGAAAAGACAGCAAAAUGCCAAGAUGAAAGUGAUUGACUUUCAUGGUCCACAACUUAUGAUGUAUUCAAUCAGGACAUUAAAGGCAGGGGAAGAAGUCCUCUACGACUAUGGGGUUAAUGAUCUUCCAUGGCUUCAAAGAAAAUCUGGUGAAGCCAUUCCACUAAAUGUCAGCUUCCCUGAAGACAUCAGUGUGACUGUUCCCUUUGGCACUCCAAACACAACAGUAACCUGGGCUGAGCCAACAACAAAUGACACUUUGGGAACUGUCAUCUUAAGCAAGACAAUAGAAUCUGGAAGCUCCUUCCCAACUGGACAGACAACAGCAGUGACUUACACCUUCACUCGUCCAACUGGAAAUUCAUUCACACGAACUUUCCAAGUAACAGUGGUUGAACUGACAGACAGAACUGAUCCUUUUGUCACUAGCUUCCCUGAAGACAUCAGUGUGACUGUUCCCUUUGGCACUCCAAACACAACAGUGACCUGGGCUGAGCCAACAACAAAUGACAAUUUGGGAACUGUCAUCUCAAGCAAGACAAUAGAAUCUGGAAGCCCCUUCCCAACUGGACAGACAACAGCAGUGACUUACACCUUCACUAAUUCUACAGGAAAUUCAGUCAAGAAAACCUUCCAAGUUACAGUGGUUGAACUAACUGAUACAGUAUUACCUCAGGUGACAGCUUUCCCAGAGGAUGUCUCUGUUACCAUUCCAUUUGGAAAAUCUGAUGUGUCUGUAGUUUGGCCAAAUCCAACAGUGUCCAACAACUCGGGACCAGUCAUAAUUAACUCAGACAGGCAACCGGGAAGUUUCUUUUCUCCAGGAACCACCCCUGUGACAUAUUUAUUCACAGAUCUUUCCGGAAAUUCAGUCACUCGAACAUUAAAUGUGAAGGUGAAUGUGCUAGAUAAUUCUUUUCCAACAGCAGACAGAACUGAUCCUUUUGUCACUAGCUUCCCUGAAGACAUCAGUGUGACUGUUCCCUUUGGCACUCCAAACACAACAGUGACCUGGGCUGAGCCAACAACAAAUGACAAUUUGGGAACUGUCAUCUCAAGCAAGACAAUAGAAUCUGGAAGCCCCUUCCCAACUGGACAGACAACAGCAGUGACUUACACCUUCACUAAUUCUACAGGAAAUUCAGUCAAGAAAACCUUCCAAGUUACAGUGGUUGAACUAACUGAUACAGUAUUACCUCAGGUGACAGCUUUCCCAGAGGAUGUCUCUGUUACCAUUCCAUUUGGAAAAUCUGAUGUGUCUGUAGUUUGGCCAAAUCCAACAGUGUCCAACAACUCGGGACCAGUCAUAAUUAACUCAGACAGGCAACCGGGAAGUUUCUUUUCUCCAGGAACCACCCCUGUGACAUAUUUAUUCACAGAUCUUUCCGGAAAUUCAGUCACUCGAACAUUAAAUGUGAAGGUGAAUGUGCUAGCAGACAGAACUGAUCCUUUUGUCACUAGCUUCCCUGAAGACAUCAGUGUGACUGUUCCCUUUGGCACUCCAAACACAACAGUGACCUGGGCUGAGCCAACAACAAAUGACAAUUUGGGAACUGUCAUCUCAAGCAAGACAAUAGAAUCUGGAAGCCCCUUCCCAACUGGACAGACAACAGCAGUGACUUACACCUUCACUAAUUCUACAGGAAAUUCAGUCAAGAAAACCUUCCAAGUUACAGUGGUUGAACUAACUGAUACAGUAUUACCUCAGGUGACAGCUUUCCCAGAGGAUGUCUCUGUUACCAUUCCAUUUGGAAAAUCUGAUGUGUCUGUAGUUUGGCCAAAUCCAACAGUGUCCAACAACUCGGGACCAGUCAUAAUUAACUCAGACAGGCAACCGGGAAGUUUCUUUUCUCCAGGAACCACCCCUGUGACAUAUUUAUUCACAGAUCUUUCCGGAAAUUCAGUCACUCGAACAUUAAAUGUGAAGGUGAAUGUGCUAGAUAAUUCUUUUCCAACAGCAGACAGAACUGAUCCUUUUGUCACUAGCUUCCCUGAAGACAUCAGUGUGACUGUUCCCUUUGGCACUCCAAACACAACAGUGACCUGGGCUGAGCCAACAACAAAUGACAAUUUGGGAACUGUCAUCUCAAGCAAGACAAUAGAAUCUGGAAGCCCCUUCCCAACUGGACAGACAACAGCAGUGACUUACACCUUCACUAAUUCUACAGGAAAAUCAGUCACGAAAACCUUCCAAGUUACGGUGGUUGAACUGAGUUGUAGUUCCCGAGUCAAGCGACUGACUGAGCUCUCUCUCUAA